UCUCAACCGAAAAACAACACGCACGAAAAAUAUGGCCGCCGCCAUCCGUCGUUGAGGAGGGCGGAAGAAAAAAAAGAAAAUAACUUUUGCACAAAGAUCCAGUCUGGGUAAUAAUGACGUGCCACCGGUGGUUCCCGGCCGAAGUCGUUCACCGUCCUACAUCCGGAGCAUUUCCGCUUCUCAAUUGCCGACCACCACCAUGUCCUCAACAAACAACAACAACAACAACAACAAGCCGCCACCCGUUCCCAGGAAUUCGCUCAUCAGGAGCAAAAGUGCUCAACUCUACCAACAACAACAGGCUAGUCAAGUAAUGACGCCGUUACCUCAUCCCCCAAUUCAAGUGAAAAACAACCACCACCACCACCCACUCAACGAUCCUGUUGGAACAGCUGGAAGCCAUCACCACAACAACAACAAUAACAACAUGAAAGAUUUGCCCGAAUCAAUUCCGGCUGAAUCUGUUUUGAUGUCCAAAAGUUUUUCGUUCGAGUCGCCCAAUGGCGUCAGACGCAAAAUUCCCGUCACGCCCGUCCUCUCCACCGGCCCGAAAAAAUCCAGCCAACAUCACGACACUCUUCACUAUCGACAUGGAACUCUGGUCUUUCCGUCCGACUCGUCGAUUGGCCAGCCCAACAAAUUCAUCGACACUAUUCCCGUUCAUUUGAAUUCGCCCAGUCAAGGUCCGUCGGAGGCUGUGAUGAGUCCAGCAGCAGGGCCAGUCAUCCACCACCACCAGUUCAGCCAUCCGGCAACGAUUUUCAAUCAAUUCGUCGUGUCGCUGGUCGAUCAUAGCCUCUUGAAAUUAUGCCAGGACGGUGACGUCGGGACUCUGUCACGAUACCUCGCCCUCCAUCACGAAAAAGUUCCAGCCAGGAGCCUCAACGCCAUCGAUGCCACUGGAAAAUCGAGUUUGUUACACGCGGCAAUGACGGGAAAUGUUCCCAUCGCCCGUCUGCUCGUCAAAUUACCCGGACUGGACGUGAAUUUGGCGGAUAACGAAGGCAACACGGCCCUUCACCUGGCCGCUCAAGCAGGUCAUGCCGAUAUCGUCAGUCUACUCACGUUGUGUCCCAAUCUGACCAUCGACAUCCGCAACAACGCCGGCCUAACCGCUUUAAUGAAAGCUUCGCUUCAGGGGCGUGUCCGUUGUACUCGACUGCUGCUAUUGGCCGGUGCUUCGCCCGUCCUGAGAGAUUUUGGCCGGGGCUUGUGUUCGGUCGAAUGGGCCCGGCUGACGGGCCGCAGCAAAUGCGUCGAAAUCAUCGACAAGUACAUGGACAAGAUGCAACUCAAUCCGGGACUGGGAUUGAAAUCCUUCCAUCACGGCGGCGGAGUGGUGGCCUCAUCCGAGCCCAGUCUCCAGCAAUUCUCCAAACGAUCCUCCCUCGUUCUCCUUCCCUCUUCCAAGACCAAAGAUUCUUGGGUGAAGAAUACUUUGAAAAAAGCUAUUAGGAUCGUCAGCGGAGGAUCGGAUCCACCCAGCAAUAAAGGAUCGACUUUCAGCGUCGCAUCUCAAUUGACUGGAAGUGGCGUGAUGAGCGCCAGUGUCUUACUGCCCGGCGAUCCUUCCAGGCGAUCCUCAAUGCCCGUUUUACCGACCAGUUCCGGUGGUGCUGGUGGAGGAGCUUCUGGAUUUGUUGCCGAACUUUUUGAUCGCCACCGAUCACAAUAUCAUCGAUCAUCAUCGCAUCAGCAUUCGAAUUUCGUGGUCCCGCGGAUUCAAGUUUCCUAUUGGAGCAACACGGCGGGCGGCAACAUCCCCCCACCACCUCCGGGGACUCCUAAAGUCAUCCCGCCCGAAAUGAGACCGAGCCACAGUCGGCAGCGAUCAAGAAGUUCCAUUCGAUCUUGAAUCUUUUAAAAAAUUUAACUUUUAAAAAUGGAUAAUAACUGAAAAGAAGUAAAAGAAGAUGAUGUUAAUGUAUAAUAAUUAAUGAGAGCUAUUUAAUAAAAUUGAACGAAUCGAAACCUUUUUUUUUUUGUAAUCUAAAAGUGUCUAAACGAAUGUUUGUGAAUAAAUGUGAUAUUGUUUAUCUUAAUGUAAAGGAUGUGGCUACCCACCAAAUGAUGAAACUGACAAACAUGACGAAAGAAGAAAUAUAAUUAUAAUCCCUAAAUAUCUCGAAGCGUGAGCGCCAAUGUGGGUCUCUUGCUGCGUUCUAAAGUGAGUUACGCCCCUGACGUGUAUUCGUAAGUCAUUCGUCUAAAACGGAGAUUCCGUUGAUGGUAUGGAGCCCCAUCAUAGCGAAGGGAAUCUUCUCUUCAAAGGAAACAACAUCCAUUGUAGAAAAAAUCCACUUUUCGAAGGGUUGGGCGAUUCGUUGGUGUAUCGCGGGUAUUUCAAAAAGGCGAAUGAUCCUAAAGAAGAAAUUGUAGUGAGGAAGAUUAAGGUAAUAGAUUGUUGCGAUAAAUGGAAAGAUAUUUUCGACAAACAUACUCGAGAGAAGGAUCCCAUCAAACACGAAAAUGUUCUCAGAACUAUUGGCUACGAAGGAACGGAUGAAUGGAGAUUUUUUGCUCUGGAACCUUACGACGCUACAUUGGAGCAGUUUUGCAAAGGAAUUUAUAAAGGACCGAUGCCAUCUGAUGCCCAAGUUCUUUGCCAAAUCACCAAAGGGCUUUUGUAUCUUCACGGAGAGCAAUGCUCACAUGGAAAUUUGACGCCCCGAACAAUUCUAAUCGCUUCAUCACAACCCGUGCGGAUGAUGAUCAAAUUAUCAGAGUUUGGGUUGAGCAAAUUCUGCGACCAAUGCGACGGGGAACUCGGGCAAGAACAAGAAGAUCUUUGCCAAAGGAAAUAUUGGAUAUUAGAUGGAACAACCGAAAAUAACCAGACCCCUACAAUAGAUUAUAAUCAAGA